AUGACUCUUAACCCGUCUGAAAGACCACUUUAUCCUCUAACAAUCAUUCGAAAAUUUGCUCAGAUGAAUUUUCCUGAAUCUUUUUCCCCUUCCGAUUUUGCUGAAGAAAGAGAUCCAAAGAAAAUGGCAAGAGUGUUGUCGUGGCUGUUUCAGUUUUGUGAAGCUCUUGCUCCAGCGAAUGACUACGCUAUACAGGUGUGGAAUACUUAUAAAGAGAGGGCGUCCCAUGCUGCCAGUUUGAGAGAACAGAUCGCUUCUCUGGGAAUUAGUAAUAAAGCUGAAGAGUCAAAACGAUCGGAAUAUCGUAAAAAAAUCUCUGAUCUGAAUUUAUGUUUGUCCGACGUACUGGCGUCGAAAAGACAAAUAUCGGAACGUGUAGCAUCAGAGAGUCGUAAAUUAUCUGUAUUUGCAGAAUCGGAGAAGGCCGACUCGGCUGAGUCAUCUAGUUUGAGCGAAAAGCUCGAAAGCCUCCGGACUAGGCGGGAGACACUAUGCCUUCAAGUAAUUGAGAAUCCUGACCGCCUUCCAGAAGCAGUGGACCAAUUAAAAGAGAAACAAAGUGCUCUUGAAUUAGAAAUGCAGGACAUACGUUCAAAAACCUUCCAGGUGGACCAGUCAAUAAGUGAAUUCAAACGUCUACAUGAGGUGAUUGAACAACAGCUUGUUGCAGUUACCAAAGAUUGUCACUCCCUACUGUCGCAGACAUCACAGUCGAAAGUGGACAUUAAGGUGGGGAUCGAUGGUGAUUAUCAGAUUUUUGUGAUCUCCAAAAAAUUGGACAAGGAACUUUUCGAGCAUACUUCAGGUAUCGAACUCGUAGAAACGAAAAUUAGCGCUAGCACUGAGCAAUUGCGUCUUGCUGAGCACAGGAUUGUCAAAGUGAAAAUGCUUGAGGCAACCCAGAAGGCGGUACGUUUUGACGUUUCUACUGUGCGAAUUGCUUGA